AUGAAGACCACCACCGCCGUCACCCUCCUGGCCACUCUGGGCUCCGCCUCCGCCCGCUCCCUCUUCUCCCGCGCCACCGUCGGCGAUCAGAUCCUCGCCACGGCCCAGACUGCCGAAGGCACGCCCUACGCCUGGGGCGGCGGCUCCUGCGACGGCCCGUCCGCGGACCAGCCUCCCUACCAGUACGGUGACACUGGCUACGACUGCUCCGGCCUGGUCUGCUGGGCCGUGUGCCAGGUGACCGGCCGCGAUCUGUUCACCGAGGGUCUGCGCGUUACCUCGUCCAUGUACUGUGCCAGCGAGGAGACUCUGGGCUACAAGAAAUAUCCCUACGAGGAGCGCCUUCCCGGCGACGCCGUCUUCUUCGGCGGCUCGUGCGACUGCGACAACGACCCCAGCUCCAUCCACCACGUCGGUCUGAUGAUGGACUCGGGCGACCGCAUGUGGAACGCACCCAACGACAACGUCAACCAGGUGCAGGAGAACAGCAUCAGCGGGUUCAGCGAUACCCCCUGCCCUUACGUUAUCCGUUUCACUGCUUAG